CCAAAUAAGGAUAUGACGUCGUCCGUGUCUCAAAUUGGAAAGUGACGCAGGGUCCGGCGGCGGAUACCGGAGAACCCGGGCUGAUGAGGAGGAGGAGGAGGUGACACGAGACCAGGAUGGGUGACAUCGCACAGAAUGAGGCGAGCUUCUACUCCAACGCUGAGGGUUACUGGAAGGAGGUUCCCCCCACAGUGGACGGGAUGCUAGGAGGCUACGGCACCAUCUCCACCAUCGAUCUCAACGGAUCCAAAGCAUUUCUGCACAAGUUCCUCGGAGAAGGCGAGGGGGCGACCAGUCCGGGUUGCGCUCUGGACUGCGGCGCUGGCAUCGGCAGGAUCACCAAGCGUCUGCUGCUGCCGCUCUUCAAAACCGUGGACCUGGUGGACGUGACACAGGAGUUCCUGGACAAAGCCAAGUCGUACCUGGGAGAGGAUGGAAAGAGGGUGGGGCACUACUUCUGCUGUGGCCUGCAGGACUUUGUUCCAGAGAACGGGCGCUAUGACGUCAUCUGGAUCCAGUGGGUCAUUGGUCACCUGACAGACGAACACCUGGUGGAGUUCCUGCGGCGCUGCCAGAAGGCGCUGCGGCCAAACGGCCUCAUUGUCAUCAAGGACAACGUGUCAUACGAGGGCGUGGUCCCCGACGAGGUGGACAGCAGCAUGUGCCGCGACCUGCCCAUAGUUCACAGUCUGGUUGCCAGGGCCGGCCUUCGCAUCGUCCACGAGGAGCAACAAAAGAACUUCCCUAAAGAAAUUUUCCAGGUUCACACACUGGCUCUCAGAUAGAGGAAGCUCCUCCCACAUGUGACAGGAAGUGGCACCGCCUCGUUUAGAGAGUGAUUCCAAUGUGGAAGUGGCGUUUUCUCUCGCGUCGGCAGUUUCUUUCCGAUGUUCCUGGAAUGACGUGUUCGUGAAGUGUGUGCGUUAUCGCCAGUCAUGUGACUUCUGUCCAUGUCAAGGUAGACAAAUUUGUGUCUCUCAGGUCAGAGGUCAUGCUUGGCAACAGUUCAGCUGCAGAUUUUAAAGGGAAAGUUUGAGUUUAUUUGAAGUGUGGUAGCAUGAGGUACUGACACACGUAUCUGCCACACCAAAACCCAUAGAAAAAAUCAGCGAUUUUAAAUCACGACACACAAGAGAUGUUGAUCC